GAGGAUCCUGGAGAACAGCACCCAGUGGCUGCUGAAGCUGGAGAGCUACAUCCAGAGCAGCAUGAGGCCGGAGAUGGCGGAGCUGCAGCAGACGGCAGUGCAGAACCAGACAGCCACCAUGCUGGAGAUCGGCAGCUCCCUCCUGAACCGCAGCGCCGAGCAGAGCCGCAAGCUCACCGACGUGGAGGCCCAGGUGCUGAAUCAGACGUGGCGCAUUGAGAUGCAGCUCCAGGAGAAUUCCCUGUCCACCACCAAGCUGGAGAAGCAGCUGCUGCUGCAGACCAAUGAGAUCCACAAGCUGCAAAACAGAAACAACAUCCUGGAGGUGCGGGUGCUGGAGAUGGAAACGAAGCAGCAGGCGGAGCUGGCGGGGGCCCACUCGGAGAAGGAGAAGCUGCAGCGGCUGCUGAGCCGGCAGAGCAGCACCAUCGAGGAGAUGGAAAAGACGCUGCUGGCUGCCAGUGCCAACACCAGCCUGCUCCAGCGCCAGCAGCUCCAGCUCCUCCAGUCUGUCCAGAGCCUCGUGCGCCUCGUCUCCCAGGGCAGAGCCAUGUCAGCUGGGCAGGAGCAGCAAUUCCAGGACUGUGCCGAGGUGCGCCGGGCCGGCAUCCAUGCCAGUGGCAUCUACAUCCUGCACAUUGCCAACCUCAGCGAGCCCAAAAAGGCAUACUGUGACAUGGAGACAGACCAAGGGGGCUGGACCAUCAUCCAGCUUCGUGCCAACGGCAGCCUCAGCUUCCAGAGGAGCUGGAGGGAGUACAAGCAGGGCUUUGGGGACGCGUCGGGGGAGCACUGGCUGGGGAAUGAGGCCGUGCACCUGCUGACGAGCCGGGUGCCCUACGCCCUGCGGGUGGAGCUGCAGGACUGGGAGGGCGGCCAGGUGUAUGCCCACUACGGGAAAUUCCAGCUGGGCAGUGAGCGGCAGUUUUACAGGCUGUCACUGCAGGACUACAGUGGCACGGCUGGGCACCAGAGCGGCCUGGCACUGCAGGGCACCCAAUUCAGCACCCGUGACGCCGACAAUGACAACUGUCUCUGCAAGUGUGCCCAGAUGCUCUCGGGAGGAUGGUGGUUUGAUGCCUGUGGCCUCUCCAACCUGAAUGGCAUCUACUACCCAGCCCGGAACAACAUCCGCAAGCUCAACGGCAUCCGUUGGCACCACUUCCAGGGGCCCAGCUACUCCCUGAAGGGCACCCGCAUGAUGAUCCGGCCCAGCAGCUUCUAACAGCACUGAGACAGGAGGGACAAGGGAUGGUUGGGGGCAGCUGAGAUGCCCCAGCUGCUGCAGGGAACCUUUUCCAUGAGUUGUAUUUUUUUACUCUCGUUUAUUCCAUUUUUCAGAAGUCUGCAGUGUCACCAUGGCCAUGCUGGAGGAACCGUGGGCAGGGGUGAAGGGCGCUGCGGGAGCUGGAGCUGCAGAAGCUGGAGUGGGACAAAGCCAGACCUGCCAAAGUGGGCUCCAGCAUAUGGAAACCCCCUGAUCUCACCUCAGCUUCUCCCCCCAAUUUCUGCUGGGCCUUGGGGUUUUGUUUUGGGACAGGGCUCCAAGACUCCCCCCAGUGAUGGGGCUCUGAGAA